CAGGUCAGGGCAGCUGUGAAGAAAUUGGAGGUGCCUUUGACUGAAGAAGAAAUACAGGCGGCUAUAGCGGCCAGAGAAGACAUCAUGAACAUGGAUGAGGAUUUACCCGCUGACGUUGAUCCAGAGGAGUAUCGUAAGGACAAACUAGCGGAUAUGAACGAAACACUCACAGACGUGCUGCAAGAACAGAAGGAGGCUUUCCUAGUUGUUUUCCAGCAAUUCAUUGUGGUGAUAGGCACGUACUUUGAGGAAAAGGGCUACAUAGAAGGCACUAACAUCUCGUCUGAUCCGUGGUGCACCGUAGUCUUGGGUCGGCUGUUGUCCUUCGGCAGGAGGUAUCAUCGAGAGAUUGCUGGGUUUCUGGUUACGCUGGAGUCUCUCGUCUUUACGUCCGACUGUAACUCGCAGAUUCUGGAGGUGUUCGCACAGUUCAAGGACAUGCACAGAUAGAAGCUCUGUUGAAGACAUAAAAAGCAUAAAAGUAUACGCA